ACCAAACAUGGGGACCACGGGACUUCAAUCCACAUCAUGGCUCGUCUUCCUGACGCUGCUGGUUGGCUCACUGACUCAAACUGUAACCAUCAUUCCUUCUCUACAGACACUAAGCCUGAGUUCAGCUGAUGCAAAUCACAUCGGCCAAGUGUGCACGACUUGGGGACAAAAUCACUGGAAGACCUUUGAUGGACAUUUCUUCCAGCUGGCCUCAAGUUGUAACCAUGUAGUGGCCUCCCAGUGUAAGGACAGCUACGAACAUUUCAACAUCCAGAUGAGGCGCAAGACAGUCAACAAUGUCCCCACCAUCAGCAACAUCAUCAUGGUGCUUGAAGGAACAGUGGUGGAGCUCUCCAAGAGCUCAGUGACCGUCGAUGAAAAGCCGGUGUCUCUGCCAUACGUCAUAUCAGGGGUGACUGUCAUGGGAACCACAUCUGGUAUCACUGUUGAUGCUAAGAUGGGAAUUCAAUUGAUCUGGAACCUGGAUGACUCCAUGGAUAUUGAAAUAGAUACAAAAUACCGGAACCAGACAUGUGGACUCUGUGGAAACUAUGACGGCAUAACCAAUGAUUUCAUGAAAGACGGAGCUGAGCUGUCUGUCACAGACUAUGCUGACUCCUACAAUGUGAAUGAGCCAACAGAGAGUUGUGAGGAGCUUGCGCUCAACCCAGUCCUGAGCUGUGGCGAUAAGCAAUUCUGUGACGAGAUCUUCUCCAGUGCUUCAUUCAGUAAUUGCCAGAACCUUCUGGAUUUGGAAUCCUUCACAAAAGCCUGUAUGGCUGAUAUGUGCAACAAUGAAAACCACACUGAGUCUUUCCUCUGCAAAACCAUCUCAGAGUACUCCAGACAGUGUUCCCACGCAGGUGGCAAGCCCAGUCAAUGGAGGAAUGCUACAUUUUGCUACAUGCCAUGUCCAUACAACAUGGAGUACAUGGAGUAUAGCAGUUCAUGUGCUGACAGCUGCUCCACGCCUCAGGCCAGCCAGACGUGUCACAGCCACGGCAAAGAAGGCUGCCACUGCCCUGCCGGAACGGUCUUGGAUGACAUUAGUAGCACUGGCUGUGUUGCAGUGGACCAGUGUCCGUGUCUGCACAACAACAACAUCUACAAGUCAGGAGAGUCCUACUCUUACAGCUGUGGAUCCUGUGUGUGUGAGAGUGGACAGUGGACGUGUACGGAGGAGAACUGUCCAGGAAUGUGCUCUGUGGAGGGCGGGGCUCACAUCAACACCUUCGAUGGAAAAGACUACACCUUCCAUGGGGACUGCUCCUACGUCCUGGCUAAGCAAAGUGAUGGCUUCUUCACUGUGCUGGUGGACCUGGUCAAGUGUGGUCUUGAUGACAGAAGGACCUGCCUCAGAGCUGUAACUCUGAGUCUAUACAACAAUUCUGUGGUUAUUAAAAUUCAGGCAACUGGGCAGGUCUACGUGAACCACAUUCUUUCUCAGCUUCCUCUGUUUACACCGGAGGUGAGUGCCUUCAGACCAUCAUCCUUCUACAUCGCCAUCCAACUCAAGAUGGGCCUUCAAGUGAUGGUCCAGCUGUCCCCGGUGAUGCAGGUCUUCAUCUCAGCUGACACUUCACUCAACGGAACCCUCUCUGGAAUGUGUGGGAACUUCAACAACAAAAUGAGUGAUGACUUCAUGGUGAUGAGUGGGCUGGUGGAAGGCACCGCAGUCGCGUUCGCCAACACAUGGAAAACUCGAGCCAGCUGCCACGACAUGAAAGCACUCUUUGGACACCCCUGCCAUCAAAGCACCAGCAAGGAGAGUUAUGCCAAGUACUGGUGCUCCAAACUAACGGAUCCUCAAGGAGUGUUUGCUCCUUGCCACUCUGUCAUUAGCCCCAACAUAUUCAAUGAUAACUGCAUGUAUGACAGCUGUAACUGUGUGAAGGCUGAGGACUGCAUGUGUGCUGCGGUCUCGUCGUAUGUCUUUGCCUGUUCAGUGGCAGGAAUCCACAUCAGUGGCUGGAGGGCGACCAUCUGUGGCACAUUGAGUACAUCAUGUCAAGCAGGAACAGUGUAUGAGUACAACAUGACCUGCUGCAGUCGUACCUGCCGUUCCCUCAGCCAACCUGACUACUCCUGCCAGACCAGCUUCACCACAGUAGACGGCUGUGGCUGUGCCGAGGGAACCUACAAGAACGAGGAGGGGCAUUGUGUGCCCAAACAAAACUGUCCCUGCUACGAUAAAGACACCAUUAUUCCUGCUGGAGAGACUAUCAACAACGACGGCUCCACAUGUGUUUGCCGAAAAGGAGCUCUCAGCUGCCCAGGAGGGACACAGCUACAACCAUCACCAUCAUGCCUUUCCCCCAUGGUUUACUUUGACUGCUCCACUGUUCAACCUGGGACUGCUGGGACUGAGUGUCAGAAGAGCUGCAUCACUCUGGACAUGGCUUGUAUCAGUACAGGCUGUGUAUCGGGCUGCAUGUGCCCUGGUGGCCUGGUGUCCGAUGGAGCAGGAGGCUGCAUCAACGAGACCAGCUGUCCAUGUCAGCACAACGGAAACACAUACCAGCCUGGGGAGACACUGACUGUGGACUGCAACACCUGCUACUGCAGUGGAAGGAAGUUCACAUGCACCACCAAUGUGUGUCAUGCAGUUUGUGGGAUCUAUGGCGACGGUCACUACAUCACAUUUGAUGAUAAGAGGUUUGACUUCAGCGGAGACUGUGACUACACACUCCUUCAGGACUACUGUGGCACCAGCCAGAGCAAUGGAAGCUUCAAGAUUAUUACUGAGAAUGUUCCAUGUUCCACGGGAGCCACCUGCUCCAAGACCAUCCUGAUCUUCCUGGGGGAUAAUGAAUACCAACUUAAAGAUGAGACCUUCCAACUGGUAAAGGGCAGUGGCCAGGUGCUCCCUGCUCAGAUACAGAAGAUGGGUAUUUACCUGGUGGUGACGAUCAAGCCGGGUCUUGUGCUCAUGUGGGACAAGAAGACCAGUAUUUUUAUUAAACUUGCCCCGCAGUUCCAGGGUCAGGUCUGUGGUCUGUGUGGAAACUACGAUGGCAACAGUAAGAAUGAAUUCACCACACGCUCUCAGGAGACAGUGGCAGACGUUCUAGAAUUUGGUAACAGUUGGAAGGUUUCAUCCAGCUGCCCAAAAGCCGAACUGCUCACUGAUCCCUGUACCUCUAACCGCUACCGGGCAGCCUGGUCCCAGAAACAGUGUAGCAUCAUCACCAGUGUCACCUUCCAGAGCUGUCAUUCACAGGUUGACCCUGGUCCAUACUAUGACUCUUGCGUGAGAGACUCUUGUGGUUGUGCCUCUGGUGGGGACUGUGAGUGUCUCUGCACUGCUGUGGCUUCCUAUGCCAAAGCUUGUAAUGAAGCUGGGGCCUGUGUGAAAUGGAGAUCUCCAAAGCUGUGCCCUAUUUUCUGCGACUUUUAUAACAAACCUGAUGAAUGUGAAUGGCACUACAAGCCUUGUGGAGUUGACUGCAUGAAGACAUGUAGGAAUCCAUCAGGAAACUGUUCCAGCCUCAUCACUGCCCUGGAAGGCUGCUAUCCACAGUGUCCCCCAACACAGCCCUACUUUGAUGAAGACAACAUGGACUGCGUUGCCUGGAACCAAUGUGGCUGCUAUGAUGACAAAGGAACCCAUUACAGCAUCGGAAACAAGGUUCCAUCGAAUAACUGUUACACUUGCUUCUGCACUGUCUCUGGAAUAUCGUGCAGCUACAAUGUGAACUCUUGUACAUGCUAUAUUAAUGGAAAAACCUAUGAAUAUGGGGCAACCAUCUACAACACCACGGAUGGCCUGGGAAACUGCAUCACAGCUAAGUGUGGGGCCAAUGGGACCGUAACCAGAAGCAUGUACGUGUGCAUUACGACCACCACAGCUGGGCCUACAACUACUCCCUUUACAUUCAGCACGGUUGAAAAGACAACAACAGUUACUACAUCACAAUCAAGCACCACAUUGGGAACCACAUCUAAACCUUUAGAAACAACCAGUUCACAAGCAACUUCUACAACGUCUAUUGUUGAAACUACAACCUCAGUGCCAGGUGUCACAACAACAAGCCCUGAAACAACAGUUGUAACAUCAACACCUUUUGUUUGGGUGUGCUUCCGAAAUACUCCAGUGGGAGGUGCCCAGGAAGCAUCCUGA